AUGAGCAACAAAUCAGAGACACAAAACCCUCGUAUAAUUGAUAGUGAUCAGGAGGAUGACUUGAUCGUUUUAGCUUAUGAAGAUGUUUCUGAAGGAAUUCAAGCCUGUACACGGAGCCUGUCUGGAAGGAUUUUUUCAGAUCGGAUCUUUUCCGUAGGUACCAUGGAAGGAGCUCUCUAUGCAAUAUGGAAUAAACCAGAAGGAUUCAGAGUAGUCGAAAAAUCCAGGAACCAGUUUCAAUUUUUCUUUGAGAAUGACUCUGAUGUGAUUCGAAUUGAGAGAGGUUCACCUUGGUUAUUCAAGAGUUAUGUUAUUCAUGUUCGUAGAUGGAAGCAGUCAAUAAACAUGGAGGAUAAUCACAUCUCUUCUUUUCCUGUAUGGGCACAAUUUUGGGGAUUGCCUGAACAAUACAAAACACUUGAGGUUGGACGAAAAUUGGGUGGGAGACUUGGUCAAAUUGAAGAUGUUGCUCUAUUUGAAGUUAGAGGCAAAGAUACACGCAUAGUGAAGGCUAAAGUCGAACUGAACGGUGAUAAAAGAGUGAGAGAUACACUGAAACUGCUUGAUCCUAAUCAGAAAAUGCUGGAAAUUGGAGUACGCUAUGAACGUAUAGGUGUGUUCUGUACUUAUUGUGUAAAAUUGGGGCAUGAAUCUAAGAACUGCCAAUGUUUUAUUGAUGAUUCUGCCCAAAACAAUAUCAAGGAAGAUAAAGUUGGUGAAUGGCUUAAGGCAGAUCAAGUCGGUAGGCGUUUAACUGAAAAGAGAGCUUCCUUCAAUCCUAACCAACCUCGGGAUGGUUCUAUUCCAGCUCAACCAAAGAAAAAAUCUCCACCUGCUUGGCUUUUUGAUAGUUUCUCAAAAAUGAGUGUGCAAGAUGAUCAGAAAAAACAGAAUAAUGAAAAAAUUGAUGCCAAUUCGGGUUCUAGAGAAGAAAAUGAGGGUGAAUCAGAAAACAUAGGUACGGCUACUGAUACUAAUUCUUCUUCUAAUGCUUUAUUGGAGAUAUCCUAUCCCAUGAAUAAUGUCCAACACAAUAACAACGUCAUAUCCAAGCUUAAAAAGGAGAAUAAAAAGCCAAACCUGAAACAACUUGCCAGAAAGUCUGUGAUAGGUUUCAAACGGAGGAGUGGAGGUAAUGGUACUGAAGAAAUUUCAAAGAAAAUUUGUCUCAAUGAUAUUGUCUCUGAUGCUAUGACGGUGGAGGGUGCCAGCCUUCAAGUGGCACCCAAAGCAAUAUGA